AUGCGGCCUCGAUCAUACAACAUCAAUGCGUCGAGACCUGCAGGACAGCGCCCUCUGGCAAGCAUGGAAGAUAAUAAAGUCCCCACGAAGGACAUACUCUGGUGCGACGUCUGUUUUCGCCAGUUCGACCGCAAAUCCCGUUUAAUGGCCCAUUACAAAACUCACACAGGAGAGCGUCCCUACCACUGCCCUUACUGCUCCAAGUCAUUCGCCUCUAAGGGCAACUGUAACACACACAUACGCGUGCAUACCAGGGAAAGGCCCUACAUGUGCCAACAUUGCGGCAAGCAAUUUUCGCAACAUGGACAAAUGGUGAUACACGUUCGGAGACAUACAGGAGAAAAACCGUAUGUAUGUUCGCACUGCAAAAAAGGCUUCGCUUGUUCCAAAGUGCUUAAAAUUCACGUGCGCACGCAUACCGGUGAGAAACCGUACGUGUGUGAUAUCUGCUCAAAGGGGUUCGCGGCGUAUGCAAACCUGGUGGUUCACCGCCGUAUUCACACUCGAGAGCGACCGUACUCCUGCAAACUUUGCGGCCGAUCUUUCGAACAUUCAGGCAAUUUAAUAAGACAUGAAAGAAGCCAUCACGUUGAUGGAGGCAUAAGAUGUAUAAGAUGUGGUUGGUUGUUCCAGGAAACUAAAGAUUUGGUCAUUCACAUGAACGGUUCGCACCCGAAUGAAGUGAGCCAAGCGGACGUGGACGAUUCGCACCCGAAUGAAGUGAGCCAAGCGGACGUGGAAGAUCAGGGAGAGAGCGUUUCAUCAUCGAUGUUACCACAUCAUCAUUCAAGUUUGAUACGCUUAGAAAAUUCUCUUCACCAGCACCACAAGACAUCUUCACUUGAAGAUACUCUCAAAGAUGCCAACAACAACGUUAGCACUGCCGGUGUUAACUCAGCAAAUAAUAUCAAAGAGUUUCGACAAGAGAGUCCAGACAGCAGUUGUGUCACCGUCAGCGUUGAAGAUGAGGGAGGCGACAUGAAUCGAUAUCACAUUGAAGCCGGCAACACGCUAAACCGAAGAGAGCUCACCCAAAAACAUUUGUCAUUAAUUCCUUCAAAUUUGUCAAAAAACAAUUAUUUUAGUAUCACACCAUAUAAUUCAACUGCAGCAACAGUAAAUAUCUUCAGUUCUCCCGGUGAAACCUCAGUUAGUGAUUUCGAAAGGAAAAUACCAUACUAUAUCGCUCCGUUGAAACGCGCGUACAGUAAAGUUUCCAACAACGGCAAUAGCAAUAGAAUUUGUAUAUCUUGUCCCACGGCUUCAUUGGGUGAUAUAGGCAGUAGACAAUUGAACGGGGCUUCUAUGAAACCCCUACCAAACUUGUCACCGGUUAGUGAUGUAUCGUCAUCGAUUUCUUUGUUAUCACGGGACGAUGUUCAUAGUUCGAACCCUCUAAUCAGCGAAACAAGUACAAGUCUAGAUACAGUACCUCAUCAUAUUGAAGUAUCAACGAUUUCAAAGGCUCGUGGAAUUAUAAACGAUAAAACUCGAGACUCAAAAUCACUAAAAGAAGCACCCAUGAAUUUUCAACAUUUUUCUUCGGUGAGCAGCAGCGUCUUUUCUGAUGGUCCGGGAUCUCAUCGCAUCUUGCAUCCUUGGACAUGCAAUUCUACAGCUUUACCUGUAUCUUUCUGCACCUCUGACAUGAACCCAGUUUAUCCCGUCACGGAACGAGUUUUUCAGACGCACAAUUCUGAAGCCUAUAUGUCACCUAUGGACCUUUCUCCAGACUCAAAAGCAAAUUUGGCAAAUAAGUCUCAAAUCUCAACUGGUAGACUGGGUGAAAAUUAUCGAGAGCUCCCCGGAAUUAGUGAUAGUAAAAUAAAUCGAGGUUUAAAACGAAGAGAACUGGAAUAUGUGCGCAAUGAAAAAGAUCUUGAACGAUGUAAGAAAGAUUAUCUAACAUCCAGCCCGUCCCCUGGUCAAAAUGCUGCUCUGGGUCCAAAAGAUAAAUUCUACAGAAAAAUAAAACAAUCAUCCGAUUUAAUAGAAAGCAAAACGCGAAUUUCCAGCAACAAAGUUCAUGACAGUGCUUGUAAAUUUCAGCAGAUAUAUGUUGCUGUUACAAAUAACACUGACUAUACUAUGAAUGGCAUCAAUAAUUUAGCAAGACCCGCAUACCACAAUCAGACCAAAGGCACACAAAUCAGACACCAACCCACUCCGUCAUCUUCUACAAGUGAGAAGUGGACAAAAAGAAAUGUAAAAAGCUGCAAAGAGGCUACAGUAGUUUCUCAAGCUUCUCCAAAGGCAAUUGGAAAUAUCAUGGAAAUUAUCCAGAAAUCCCUAUUCCAGAUUUGCCCAUUGCAGGAAGACAGGAGGAGCUUCAAACUCAACGUAGAAACUGCUCUCAUGGCGCUCGUCGGAAAGUCAACCAUUUCGCAACUUGCGCACCCGAACCGAAAUGUUGAGCAGGUUCUAGUGAGCCUGUUAGAUGUGGUGGGCAUGAGUCCAUGUGUAGACGUGCGCGUGGAUGAGGAUGAGCGUCUACGCGUUAACAUGCGCAAGCUGCUGGAGUACGGCCUCCCUGAGCCCUCUGCAUGGCGCAGCCUCGGGUGGCACCAAGAGGCCAUCGAAGCCAUCACGGCGAAAAUAGCGUCGUGGAGCAUUACCAGACAGUGGCGCCAAUCCCGGGACCUUUCGCAAUUCUCGCGUGAAACCGAAACAGAAUCAAAACUCGUUCAAACAAAUUCAUUGCAUAACAAUAACAUGUUUGCAACUGCGAACUCAGUGUGCUUACCCACGAGCACGCUUCAAACAAGCAACACUCUCCAACAACAUUCGAACACUUUACCAAGUGAAAUUAUUCCCUCGCAUACAAACACAGUACCCCAACAGCUGAAUUUUGCACACGAGCGUCCAAAUCCUCUACGCAUUAAAUCAGAUUAUUUUCCCGUUCACAGAGAUCCAUUCAUCAUUCACUACAACCCUCGCCUCACGCCUUCAGCUCCUAUUCAUGAUAAUCUGAGUGGUCGGAACGCAGAGAUAUGGAAAUCGGACUAAGACGAAGCACGCACAGCUCGCAGGAUGAGCGUGGUUAGCGACAGGCGUGAGACCCACUGAGUAACGAGACGACUCUGUGAUGAUCAAACAGGCGAUAAAUAUGCAUACGAAGUGCGAUCGUCUGCCGUCUGGAGAUAACUUAAACAAGAUUAGUUAAAAAUAUUAGCUGCCAACUAGUAGAUAGGGUUUACUUCCAUGAUCUGACUGCAGCGAAUUAAAACCGGUUCUCAAAGUGAUAUUUAUUUCUAGCUUUUUUAUAAGAUAACCAUUCAUAAUAUGUGCACUUUUAUAAAGACGCAAGCUUUUUCAGAGAAUUAUCUGCGAACGAGGGAUACGUUUACAUGGGUAUGGAGCACGAGAUUAUUGGUUUUCAUGAAUUUUAAACUAUUCAUGAGAGAAAGCUUCACCCUGGUGGUGAAAUAAUCAUAUAAGUGCAAACCAAAAUUGCAAUGGAAGGCGCAAUCGUAUUGAUACAAAUGCAUUCUAAAGAUUUAUUAUUUAAAAUUAUGAUAUUUAUUACAGUUGAUUACAUCGUAGUAUCUGUGAAAAUUAUGGUGAAUUUACUAAAAUUUCUACGUUAUGA